AUGUUCGUUCUUUGUGCACGGGCGAGGACCUUGGAGGUGCCAAUACCCCCCGCCAGCAUCGAAUCAAAAUGGCGCCAUUACCAUGACGACGAUUGCAGAAAAUCUCGGAAAUCGGGCCAAAUUGUUGGCACUAACUUCCCUCAAAAAGAGGACCCUCCGAACUCUUCAAGUCUCGAACUCUUAAACUCUCCGAGUGCCAGCAAUAACAGCUCUCAGUGGGGAGUGGAUUAUCGGGCAACCCCCAGCAAAGUGGCAUUUCUCGUUUGCCCCGCUCCUGGCCCACAGCUACCUGCGGUUCGCAGUUCAGCGGACAUUUCCAUCAUGGCGAGCCAUGGCAUGGAACGUCUCUGCGUACGAGUUUCGGCAAACCGCCGUCUGCCGUCGAAGCGAGGUCAAUUCAUUUCUCAUAAUUCUGCGCCGGAAAAAGGGUAG